UUCAACUUGUUUUCGAGCAGUUUCUUUUUCCUGGCACUAACGGUUAUUUGAAUUCUUCAACCAUAUUCAAAAUGUUCUCUUUCAAGCUGUUUGCUCUUAUUGCACUUUUCACACUUGCAUAUGCUUCGUGCCCAGGAUGCCCAGAGAAGCAAGACUCUAAUUUACCAGAAGUCAAAAAACACUUGGAGCAUAUUGUGAAAAAAGAAAUGGACUCUAAUGUACUUUUCAACGUUGUAUCUGUUACAACUCAAGUUGUAGCUGGGAUCAAAUAUACCGUUGAGUUUGAAACAGAAGAUCCAAACACCCAUGUGAAAAACGAAUGUAAAGUAGUUUAUGUAGUCCAAAGUUGGAUUACCGAACUUCCAAAUGUUCUCAACUUAACUUGUAAUAAAAUGUAAUUAAAAUAGAUAAAACACAAAAUAAACACUUUUGUUUAUUUGAUAUAAUUCAGGUGAAAUGCUUUUUUUUAAUAACUUUUCAAUAAGUUCUGCCAUAUUCCCUGGUGUUGUCAGAAGGAUAAUAAAAAUGUUAUUUAUC